GACAGCGCUCUCUUACCGCUCGUUUUUACUUUUGCAACCUAUUUCUCUCCCUUUCACAUACACAUAUAUAAGCAGUUGGAACUAUGGCUCCGGGACGCAAGGCUAAUAGCAAGAAGGCUGCAGUAAAGGCUGCUCCGAAGGCUGCCCCGAAGGCUGCCCCGAUCCGCAAGAAUAAGAAGACUCCGGUGCCUGCCCCGAAGCAGGAAUCUGAUAUCGACUCUGAGCUCGAUUCCGAUAUUGAGGAGACCGUAUUUGAGGAUGACGUUACUGACUCCGACAAUGGCGAGUCCGACUCUAGCGAGAUUGAGGAGCAGCCCAACAGCUCCGAUGAAGAGGCGGUGGAGAAUGAUCAGGACGAGUCCGAGGACAACGCCGACUUUGAGGCAGCCGAUUCUGAUGACUCGGCCAGCGAUGUCGACGAGGCGGCCCUUCUGGCCGGUCUUAAUGACAGCGAUAACGAGUUUAGCGAGUCUGAGGGUGAGGAAGACACUGCCAAUGAGUUUGCAGCUGGCGAUGCGAUUAUCCCCCUUGAUGCAGCGGCUCGCAAGAAGCUGAAUAAGAAGGUCAAGGCCGCCAAAUCGAAGCCCGGUGUCGUGUACGUUGGCCGUCUGCCGCAUGGGUUCUACGAAGAGGAGCUGCUCAACUACUUCAAGCAGUUUGGCCGUAUCCGGCGUCUGCGCCUGUCGCGUAACCGCCGCACCGGCCGCUCGCGUCACUACGGCUUCAUCGAGUUUGAGUUCUCGGAUGUCGCCGAGAUCGUUGCCCAGACCAUGCAUAACUACCUGAUGUUCGACCGUCUGCUGCAGUGCCGCGUCGUACCGGAGGAUAAGGUCCACGAGCGCCUGUUUGCUAACCGGUUCAAGUCCAUUUUGCCAAACGCCGCCACGCGGAGACAGAUGGCUGCGCAUAACCGCCCACGCACUGUACAGGACAACGAGAAGACCAUCAACCGCUUGGUUGCUGGCGAGCGGAAGAAGCGCGCUCGCUUGGCUGCUGCCGGUAUCGACUACGACUUCCCUGGCUACGAGAAGCUGCGGGCACCCAAGGCUAAGCAUGUCAAGUACGACUAGAACCUUUGAAGAAAAAUUUUGUCUACCAUCAUUUUAUUUCUCUACAACAA